GCAGUUUCGAGUGAGAAAGAAGUAACCCUAGACUAAAGGGUUAAGGCUUAUAAAUCAUACAGCCUCUGUUCAUUUUGCUCUAGCCGCAGCCCUCUUCCUCCUUCAACUACAGCAUCUUUCUCUGCUCGUUUCUGCUCUGCGCUUUUCCGAGCUCAGUGUUGUAAAAAUGUAUACUACAAAGCAGAAGAUUCACAAGGAUAAGGAUGCUGAACCCACUGAAUUUGAAGAGUCAGUGGCACAGGCUUUCUUUGAUCUGGAAAAUACCAACCAGGAACUGAAAAGUGACAUGAAGGAUCUCUACAUCAAUUCAGCAAUCCAAAUCGAUGUUGCUGGGAACCGUAAGGCUGUUGUUAUCCAUGUUCCUUUCAGAUUGAGGAAAGCUUACAGAAAGAUUCAUGUUAGGCUUGUGAGAGAACUUGAGAAGAAGUUCAGUGGGAAGGAUGUAAUCCUGAUUGCUACUAGGAGGAUAUUAAGGCCUCCAAAGAAAGGUUCAGCUGCUCAAAGGCCUCGCAGCCGUACGCUUACUGCUGUGCAUGAGGCAAUGUUGGAGGAUAUUGUACUGCCUGCUGAAAUUGUUGGGAAGCGCACCAGAUAUCGAGUUGAUGGGUCUAAGAUAAUGAGGGUUUACUUGGACCCAAAGGAGCGAAACAACACCGAGUACAAAUUAGACACUUUUGCUGCAGUUUACAGGAAGCUUUCGGGUAAAGAUGUUGUGUUUGAGUUUCCGGUGACCGACGCCUAAAAGAUGCAGAACUGACAUCUUUCCAUGUUCUUCCCAGAAAAUUGCAUUAAUGGGCUAUUUGAAUUUUGAAAAUUAGGAUUUUGUAUGUGGUGGAUUCAAAUUUUUCUUAAUUGUGAUCAGUACUGGCUUCAAAGUACUUUAAUCUUAAAUACGAUUGUUUUUUGUUA